ACUUCCGAUCAGCAGCAAAAUGAAAUUUGACGAUGUACUUUCUGAAAUUAAUGGAUUUGGAAAAUUCCAAGUCAAGAUGUUCUUGAUUCAGAUGCUUUCUCGAAUCACUCUGCCGUGCCAUUUUCUGCUGGACAACUUUAUGGGCGCUGUGCCCCCUCACCACUGCAACAUCAGCACCCUGGACGAUGGAGGCAUCUUUGGAAAUUUGACUCCCUACCAGCAGCUGUUGGUUUCCAUUCCAACAGAGCAAGAUGGGACUCUUAGCUCAUGUCAGAUGUUUGCAAAGCCCCAAUAUGAGUAUCUAUCAGGCAACCGCACUGAGGAGGAAUCCUUUGUUGAGUGUCAGAGUGGAUGGGUCUAUGACAAUAGCGACUUCAAAUCUACCUUGGUAACUGAGUGGGAUCUUGUCUGCAGCAGAAAAGGGAUGAACAAAGCAACAACUACAAUUUUCUUUAUUGGUGUCAUGAUUGGAGCCCCGCUCUUUGGGUUUCUAAGUGACAGGUUUGGGCGACGACGACUGCUGCUGGUGUCUUAUUUAUCCUCCUUGGCGUUUGCGGUACUGAGCGCGUUCUCCACAUCAUAUGUAAUGUUCACCAUCAUGAGGUUCUUCACAGGAAUGUCCCUUUCAGGGAUAAGCAUUAUCUCCAUUGCUUUAAAUGUUGAAUGGUGCAGCAUUGAGCACAGGACUUUCUCAAGUGUAAUCAUAAGUCUGGACUGGACCCUUGGGAACUUGUUUUUGACAGGGAUUGCUUUCUUUGUGAGGGACUGGAGGAUGCUCCUUGUGGCUGUUUCUUCACCACUGAUUUUGGCCAUCUUUGCUUGGCGUUGGCUCCCAGAGUCGGCUAGGUGGCUUUUGGUAAAGAAAAAUGCAGAAGCUGCGCAUCAUUACAUUGCAAAAUGCGCUGAAACAAACAACAGGUCAGAGUGUAUUGCUACAAUCACAUCAAAGACGUUACUGGAAUCUGCAGAAGUUGAUACUGGAGAUAAGAAGUACACUAUAGUUGAUCUGUUCAGGACCCCAAAUAUAAGAAAACUUGCGAUAUGCUCAGGGAUUGUAUGGUAUGGAGUGGCAUUUACUUAUUAUGGGAUAAGUCUAAACAUUACAGGGUUUGGACUAAAUCCAUUCCUCACACAAUUCGUCUUCGCUUCAAUCGAAAUGCCGAUAAAGAUUGCCGUCUAUUUCUCCUUGGAGAAAAUUGGUCGAAAGCAUAGUCAGGUGGCAGUUCUGCUGUCAGUGGGGGUCUGUCUAUUCAUCAAUAUUUUUGUUCCGAAAGAUAAGUGGAUUAUUCGGACCACUGUGGCCGUCCUGGGAAAAUCCAUGUCAGAGGCUUCAUUCACUAUAAUAUUCCUUUACACAAUGGAAUUUUAUCCUACAGUAGUCCGGCAGAAUGGUCUAGGCUACAACUCGUUUGUGGCACGGCUGGGCGUGUCCAUCUCCCCACUCAUUAUGCUGUUGGAAGACGUGUGGCAGUUCCUCCCCACCGCCAUUUACUGUGCCGUGGCAGUUAGCUCUGGUUUGGUUGCUUCAUUCCUGCCUGAAACAUUAAACACCCAGCUGCCAGAGUUCAUUGAAGACAUUGAGAAACCCAGGAACAAGUCAACACGGAAGAUGGUAAUUCAGUAAAAAGGAGAAUUGACCAGCAACAGAAUAUUUUUAAGAACAAAACUAACUUUGAAACAAAAAAAGCAAUAAAAGAAAACAUUGUUCUUGACUAUUUACUAUCUUCAUCUUCCUGGAGUCUGACUUUGGACUUUGACACCAUAUUCCAUGAUAUUCUACUGUGGCGAUUAACUUCUGCAGGCAUCACUUGUUCACCACUAAACUGGUCUAAAUAUUGUUCCUCUGACACAUAAGUUUCUUCACAUCAAAGCCUUUAUAUGUUUCCAGUUCCAAACGUCAACGCAAGCUAAACCUCUCAG